GACCACACGAACUUGUUCACCGUUGGUUCGGUUUCAUCGUUCACACCGCCAGCGUGGUAAACGUCAAUGCCAAGACGGUCUUAUAUUUUUAACGUAAAUAGCACAUCCGUACGCUAAAAUGGACUUUUUCAACAAAAAAGUGAGUGUUCUGAAGCUUGCCGCUGUGGUUUUACUAUGUUUGCACCUCCCAAGCCCAGUGAAAGCAACAUGGGAAUACAGUACCCACGAGACCGGUAUAGAUUUCGUGCCGUACCGUCAAAAGCGGGACGCGCCGCCCCCACUGCCGAACGCCGCGCCGGAACCGGCGCCGGCCGCGCCGAAAAUCGCCGACGCGCCGCCGCCGACAAACGCCACGGUUGAGGACAGCAAUAGGACUACUAAUCUCACGGCUCCCACAACCACCGCCGCUACGUCACAGGUGUCAGUCACGCAGACUCCACUGCUGGGCGUCAAUGGAUCUGGCAUCUACAAGGGCAACACCUCUGUACCCAGAGUCAGCGACCCCAUACUGGCUGACGACAAUAUAACGACUACCAACUUCGAGCAGCAAGAAGUCAUGAUUGAAGCGCAAAAGAACAUUAGCAAUUUGACUUACGACCACCACAUAUUCUACAACAGCACGUUCAUAGGCAACGUCACCUUCUUCCAAGAGCACUGGGCCAACAUCACCAAACCGAAACCGGACAUACAUGCGGUACUCAGCAACUCGCAUAGACGGGCUACGACUCUGAAGCUGUCGUUCCCGUUCCCCUUCUACGGGCACCCCCUCCACAACAUCACCGUCGCCACCGGCGGGUUCCUCUACACGGGCGAGCACGUGCACAACUGGCUGGCGGCCACGCAGUACAUCGCGCCGCUGAUGGCCAACUUCGACACCACGCUCACCAUCGACAGCUGUGUCAAGAUGUAUGACGACGGCGAGAAAUUUACUGCACUCUGGGAAAACGUGAAUCUCCGCGAGGACAAAACGAAGAACUUCACGUUUGCUGCCACCCUGUAUAAGAAUGGGGACAUCACGUUCGCGUACAAGGAUAUACCGAUUCCGGUGCAAUUGAUCAAUGAUAACGAGCACCCGGUCAAAGUGGGGAUCUCUGACGCCUAUCUCACUGAUAGGAUGAUGUUCUACGUCCGAAGGAAGACGAUCUACGAAUACCACCGCGUGACCUACAAGGGCCACAAUAUCACCAGCAACACUCUCCUCAAGAUGAUCGCGUUGCCGACCUGCCUCCAGUACAACACGUGCGAGGAGUGCACCAAUCACGACACCGAGUUCAAUUGCUCGUGGUGCGAGGCGCUCAAGAAAUGCUCCAGCGGCACAGACAGGAACAAGCAGGACUGGGUGCUGAGAGCAUGUGACAAAACUCAAAUAGUGAACGCCAGCCAAUGCCCGGCCAGCCCGAGCCCGCACCCCAACGGCACCGACGUCACCGGCACCGUGUACGUCACUGAUGGCGAGCCCAGCCGGCACGAAGCCGUCAUCAACACACAACCAGAAGCGGUCCCGUCCGGGCAAGCGGUGAAGGCCCCGGCGCCCGCGCCGCCCGCCGGCGGCUCCCCGGUCGGCGCCGCCGUCUCCGCCAUCGCUAUCAUUGCCCUGGUGGCCGCACUGGCGGCCUGGGUGCUCUACGCUUUCAAGAACCCCCACACUAGGAGCGGACAGCUGCUCAUCAAGUACCGACCAUCUCAAUGGAGCUGGCGCCGGGGAGAGGCGCGCUACACCGCCGCAACCAUACACAUGUAAACAACGUUUCACACUUGCCUUCCUGAGUGGCAGCCCUGGCCGAAAGGUACCUUAUCAGGCCCUGGAGUAAAGGUCUCUGCUUAAAUAAAUUGAGCCUUAUCGACAACAAGACAGGUUACACUAGAGGAAUUGGACCUAAAGAAAUCAAUUGACUAAAUAUAUAUAUGUGUAAGUUUUUGUAAUCUUUUGGAUUUUUUCCUAUGCAAUAUCACCAGGUAUCAGGCCAAUUCGAAUGGAUAUUAAAAUGAUGUUGGAGUUAUAUCAGUUAGCUGUCUGGCCUCUCACUCGCACUAAUACUUGUGCGGACAAUGAACGCGCGAAUCACAGUUGACUGAUAUGAUUCCAAUAUCAUUCUGAUAUUGGUUUGGUAUCAGUGCACGUUCGAAUCGGCCAUUAGUAAGACCCACCACACAUAGUUAUUCAGUUAAUCAUUUGAACCUUGUUCUAUAUAUAAAAUUGGAACGAAUUUCGUUUGUUUUAAAAUGCGAAGAUACAAAGGAAAUGCUGCUUUAUUUGGUCAAUGAAAGGAAGGAAUUAAGAUUGAAACGGAGUGUACAUUGUAAUGCACACUGGGCAUUACGGGGUUAACAUAUUGUUUUCGGUCACUUUGGAAUUAUUUUUAAAUGUUAAUUCGGUACACAGCGGGACUAUAGUUUUAUGCUUUCGGUUACUUUUUUUGACCUUUAAGCUCAGUUUCCUGUAAAUAUCCGUGCCUUAGGCAUCGUAAACGUGAUAUUUUGAAAAUACCGUCCAUAUUUAGAUUUUACCGAAUCCCAAACAAUAUUCUGAAAUGUACUCACCUGUGACACGAUCAACCGAAAGGUACCUUCAGCGUUGUGAAUGCGAUUUUGCAACUUUAAAGCAUCCUGACACACACACACACACACACUACACAUACACUACAACAUUACAACACAACACUAUAACAACACACACACACUACACACACACACACACUAUAACAUUGCCCCUUCAACAUAAAUUUGCCCAGCGCGUCACAGUUCUAACUUAAAAGUAGUUACAGUUACACUUUCUCAGGAAAGUGAAGAAAGUGUAUUUGAAACUACUUUAAGUUAUUUUGCUUGUACUGAACUGUGACGCGGUGGUCAAAGUUAUGUUGAAAGAGCAAUGUUAUAUAGUGUUUUACGGUACAAAAUAUUCUUAAGAAGUAAUUCUUAAGAAAUAUUGUUAAAAGCAAGAAUACACCGAUAAUGCCUGUAAAAAUGUUCUUUAUAUGGACGAAUCAUACCAGUGUUCAUAUGACUAGUGCCUUAAAUUUUGGACCACUCUGCAUCCUACAUACAUUCUAAAUAAUUAAAUGUAUUUGUAUAAAAAACACUUUCUAUACUAUUAUGUAUACAGUAGCUUAAGAGUCCGCAGCAAGCUCGGUCGUAUUUCUCCUUCCCAUACAAACGGAGUUUUCAUUUUUAAACCACGGGUUGGAUUGUUAUGAAACCUUACACAUAUGUACAAUGACAUGAGCUAUAUAUAUGCCUGUAAUUAGUUUUCAGCUCCAACUUAUAAAACAAACGAAAUAAAGAACAAGUAAAUUUCGCUAUAUUUUUUAACUAUGGAGCUAUAUAAACGAAAUAAUUACAGGCAUAGAUAUACCUUAUCCUAUUGUAAGUACGAAGUUUCCGAGCAAUCUAGCUAGUAGUUUUAAAAUGAGAGCGUAGCUAGUAGUUUUAAAAUGAGAGCAAACGUAGUUAGUUUGUACGGAGAACCGAGCUUGCUGCGGACUCUUUAAUACAUUACUUUCAUCGGAUAUUUAAAAAUUAAAAUUGUACUGAGGUAAUAGACGUCACUACAGCUACGAUGUAACAUUAUGACAUUAAAUUAUGCAUAAAUUAUAGUAUCCAUUUUCUUCUAAACACUAAUGUCAAUAGAAAAGUAUAGGAAUUUUUGAUAAGGUGAACAUUUUUAAGGGAAAUAGCAAAGGUGCCUUAAAUAUCAUGUUAAAAAUAUACGGUCACAUUUGAAAUCAAGUGCCUAUUUUGGACAAUGGUUUUCAAACCGGCAUUCUUUGUACAGAUGUUGUGCCUAAUAGUUUUCCAUGCUAAAUGCAGUGAAUGUCAGUACUUUUUGUUCCGAGACUGUAAAUUUUCGUGAAAAUACGAUGGAAAAUAAUUAUGUACUACAUCUGUAACUAUCAUUUAAUAUUUAGAAAUUGGAAAAAUAUUAAUAAAAAAAAUUCUAAGACAUAUCUUUAAAAUUAUGCGGCAAUUUAUAAUCGUCUUAAAUUAUACUUCUUCGUUUAAUUUCAACUAUUUUUAAUAUUUAUGUAUAUACUUAAAACAAAACUUAUUUAAUUUGACUUAAAACAGCAUGGUAAGUUAUAUUAAAUCGUCCGCCCCUUUUAAACUUAUACAGAAAGAGAUGAACAGAUUAUAUCGAUACUGAAGCGCGUGUAGUAUGUUAACGUAAUAUUUUUUAAUUUAUUGUUAUAUCUAAUUAUAUGUGCAGCUAUAUUGUAAAAAGUGUACAAAUUUAAUUUAUCCGAAAAGAACAUUCCUUAUUUCUGUUAUAAACGAUUUAAAUACUUAACGUCAUUUUCUUGUCAAUUGGAGUGUAAAAUAAAUAAAGGAUAUUUUUUGGACAAAAUUAUAUUCAUGAAAAUAAAAUUAUAAAUGGAGAUUAUGGAGAAGUAUAUACUAUUUAAUGUUAUUUUUCUAUACGACUUGCACUGCACUUGCAAAUCAUAAGUUUAUAUAAAUCAUGGAGACUUAAUAUAUGUACGGCGCCAUCAAAUGAGCCAAUGACGCUUGAUUGGCAGUCUAUAUUUUAUUUGUCUCUGAUGUAAAUUGCAACUGUAUUGAUGUUACUAAUAUAAUAUGUUUAGGGGUGCAAUAUUUGAUAAAUUUAUUUUAAUAGACAUAUAUUUACGGUCUAAUCUGUCCAAAUGUAACUGGUUUAAGUUAGUUUUAAACAUUCUAAAAUACAUAUGUAUAGCAUUAUGAAAUUGUCACUCUGGGUUUGAUACCCAGCGAGUGCAAAUAUUUUUAUGAUGUAGAAUACUUGUUUUAUCUAUGAAUCUAUUUAGUAAUCGCGUUAUUCAUAAACGCGUUACUGGCCUGAACCACCUAUGAAUCGUUUGUCCUUAUCUGUCAUUUUGACUUAUGUAUUUGUAAGAAAGGGAUCUUAGAGCAUUUAGUAACUGAAGAUGUCAUCGCCGUCAUUUUCUAUACGAAACAGUCUACCGAUUUUUGCAGGGGAGGGGACGUCAAAUGUAUUGCUAUUUCUAAAUACAUGAUUUGUGCGUAACCAGUGGCGGAUUUGCAGUCUUUGCCGCCCUAGGCCCCAGGCCCUGUAGCCGCCCCUUUAGGCACCCAUAAUAUUGACUACAUUUUGAGUUAUUUCUUGUUACCAUCAGCGAAUUUUUUGUCACAAUUUGCCGCCCCUAAAUAUCUUGCCGCCCUAGGCCCGGGCCUACUGUGCCUUAGGGCAAAUCCGCCACUGUGCGUAACGUACAAAUAGCCAUGUCAGUCCAUACAAAAGUUCGCACAAUUGUGCAAGGUUUUCGGUAGAGGGUUAAGCUGUUAAAGACGACUCCAGUUAUUAAAUGCUUUAAGAAAGGGAUAAAACAUUUUUUAACUAAAUCAGGUCAGUAAAGUUUUAUGAAUAAGGGGGUAAGUGUUUAUGUCGUCCAGUACCCGUGUGAGCCUAGCUUUUUGGUACUAGGUCUACAUGUAUGAUUGUCCCCAUAUUUUUUAAAUGUAAAUUCACUGCACUCACUUCUUUUUCACAUCAAUUUAGAAUAAGGAUUUAACAAUGAAUUUACAUUUGAGUCGCUUAACUUCAAACUCGGGUAAAUCCAUGUGUAGAUAGAUAGAUAGAUAGAUAAAAACUUUAUUCCAAAACAUUACCGUGACAAAAAAAAAAUUGAACUUAUGAUAAGAAUAAAACUAAAACUUAUGUCUAAGUACUAUACUAAACUAAUUACUAACUACAUACUAGGAUUUUUUUUUUGUCACGACUGUGUAGUCGCGAAAAGGCGCCGACUCAGCAUGUGCUGCAGCAUUGCUGCCACAGCGCUGGUAUUCUGCCGGAACCUAGCAGUGCGCGCACAGACUCACGGUAUGAUCAACCACCAGUGAGAAAAAUUACAGUAAAAUAAUACUACUACAGAAAAAUUGUGAAAACAUUUUGUGUCUUAAUUUAUAUAACAUAUUUUUUUAUGUAAGUUUGGGUACAAAUUAUAUCUAAUUUUAAAACAAACGGACUUGGGGGCUUGUGUCAGAUUAUGCGAUAAGGUAGAUAUUUGCUGAGAGGGUCGAAUGGAUUUACCCGAGUUUGAUGUUAAGCGACACAUUUACAGUAGUGAGUAUGCUUUUUGUUUUUUUUUAUACUGGCAGCAAAGAGGAUUGAUUGUAAUAGAGGUAAAGUCUAAGAGAAAAACGUGCUCCUCACCCAACAGAUGGCGCUGUAAUGUGCCAUGUUUUGCGGUCACGGAAUUGUCAACUAUUGAUAGAGUUACCACAAAAUACAGUGUGUUUUCUGUAACAGGAGCAAUAAAUUAAACUGUAGGCUGUACUCCUCAAACUGACCAACAUUUGUUCAGCAACUUUUGAAAAUAACUCAUGGUUUGAUUUUUAUUACACUUUAAAGUUUAUUCUAAGACGCAAUGUAUUGCAAAUUUUGUUAUGUUAAAGCGUGACAAGUAACGUCAAACACACUGAUGUCAGCGUACAUUGAAGGCAAUGUUUAUUUUGUAUGAAAAAGAGGAAGUCUAAAGGAUUCAUAAUUUUUAAAAGUUGCUGAACAAAUGUUGGUCAAUUUGAGGAGUACAUCCUUUAGUUUAAUUUAUUGCUCCUGUUACAGGAAGCACCCUGUAUAUGGAGCAGUACAGCGCCAUCUCGUGUACCUGUCUAAAUCAAUUUAACUUUGCUAGUGGUUUUCGCUAUUUACUUACUUAAUUUUUCGUUGUCUGGUCAAACAACUUUUUCUUAUUUUCCGUUAUCGUUGUGUUUCUCAUAAUAGAACUAAUUAAAUUUAAUAUUUUUAUUGUUCCGUAAGUACCUCAAAAGGAAAAAUCGGAACCCUUAUAGGAUCACUCGUGCGUCUGUCUGUCUGUCCGUCUGUCACAGCCCAUGUUCUCCAACUGGACUAAUUUAGUUGAAAUUUGGUACACAUAUGUAAAUUCGUGACCCAAAGACGGACAUUUUACGUAAACAAAUUAAUUUUAAACAUGCAAAAGCAUUAUUUUUUAAUUUUUCCAUUUACCCCCAAAGUGGCCUCCAUGUUAAAAAUUCAUUAGAUGUCCGUCUUUGGGUCACAAAUUUACAUUUGUGUACCAAAUUUCAACUUAAUUGGUCCAGUACUUUGGAGAUAAUGGGCUGUGACAGACGGACAGACAGACGCACGAGUGAUUCUAUAAGGGUUCCGUUUUUUCCUUUUGAUGUACGGAACCCUAAAAACACUGUUUACUCUAAUGGCUAACAAGCUUAGUUAAAAAUCUAACAUAACAGUUUUUUUUUUAAGCUCUGUACCCAAAAAACACGUACACUCAAUGACACUGUUUCUCAAGGAGCGAAUGACGUUCUCGACCAAAAGGUACUAUGUACAGUCGCCAUCAGAUACAUCGGAGCGGCCAAGGUGCUCACAAAUAUCUGAACACGCCUGUAUUGUCAAGGCGUUAUAGUCCGUGUUCAGAUAUUUUUGAGCGCCUCGGAUGGCGACUGUACUAUGUCGCUUAGCAUAAAUACGAAAUUUACUUGUAUCUUUAUACGAAUAACCUGUCAGUAGGUCCCUAUCGCAAGCUACAAUGUGGUACAUUUUGAUUGAGAACGUCACAAAUAUACAUUUUUGUGGUAUGCCCCACAGUGUUAGUUAAAUAAAGAAAUUGUACUAAAUAAAACCUCUGAAUGGUGUCGAGUUCAGUGAUUGAAAACAGUUCAGCUAAAGUUAUGAAUGAUUAAGUUAUUCCACACAGUGCCUUAGCCCCACUUGCACCAUCCUACUAACCCGGGGUUAACCGGUUAAACCGAUAACCCUGUGUCAAAUUGUACUGGUAACCAUGGUAACUACAGGUUUAACCAGUUAACCCCGGGUUAGUGAGAUGGUGCAAGUGGGUCUUAUGGGUUCCGGCAGAGCGUUUCACACUUUUUUUAAAUAAAUACAGGGUUUUAUAUAUCAAAAAUACCUUACCGUAAGUUGGCCGUGACCAAUGGCAGCAUAUUAUCAUAUUUCACUAUUUACAGUACAUCCAUUUUCUUUUCUUCAUCUCAGGACAUUAGAUCUUUAUACAGAAUAGGUAAAUAAGAAAUAUCAAUAUAUAAGCAGCUAAGUGGGCGAAGUGUUUCUAAUUGUCUCUCUCUCAAAUCUCAGUCAAAUCUCUUAUUCUUUUCACAGUUAAUAUUUCGUUCAGACCAUUUUAGACAUUACGCCCGCUUAGUUACUUCUGCUGCUGACAUCUCUGGUUGAAUCUCUGCAGAAUCUCUGAGGAGAACCAUCUCGAAAUAAAUUACAAAACAAUAUCGAAUUUAUACAAAUAGAAUACACAAAUAAUAGUCAUAACAUAAGUUUCGAUUAUUUUAUCAGUCAAUAAUAUAUUUAACAUCUAUAAAUUCUCUAGAUAGUUUGAAAGCAUACAGAUAAUACAUUAUGAUUAUUGACUAGUACCAUGGACUAAUAAAACAAGAAGACUGACAAUGUCUAUUAAAUCGCGUUCCUUCAAUAUUCAGGCCGCCAGAUGUCGCCACUUAGACCUCUUGUCAAAUAACUCAACCUAUAGAUGGCGCUCAAUAUUGAAGGGACUCGAUUUUAUAUAGAUAUUAUCCGUCCAUACAGUAAAUAAUAACUAUGUUUGUAAAGUAUACUCUCCCAACGCUCUGCGGAACUCGCUAUGUUUGUGUACUUCGGACAGUCAGCACCAAAACUAGCAGAUCAGACUGCGUCAAAAGUAUCUAUUCUGUAAUGACAGCAAAAAGAGAUAGUGUCUAUAUAUGUAGAACUAACAAGUAAUAGAUACUUGCGAAUUGUAGUAAUUUAUUGAUAUAAGGACGUGCUAGAGCGGGUAUCGUCUUGGGUCGUCCCAUUCGUUUUUCGUCAAGCUCUUAAAUUAGUCCUAUUCUGCUUUCGUCACUCAUUCUACAUUCAUCACAAUCGUCGGUGGCUUUCAAUGUGGAAUGAGUGACGAAAGCAGAAUAGGACUAAUUCAAGAACUUGACGAAAAACGAAUGGGACGACCCAAGACGAUACCAUGAGCUCUUAUGUGGCUGGCUAGGCCAAAAGUGUACCGGCCGUGUUGUACGUACAGUCAGCAGAAGUUGCUAUACGCGCGAGCUGGUCUAAAAGCGAGGUCGCCGUCAUCGAAAUCGAAUGGGGGGGGGGGGCUUAUAAUAAGUAGUUGGGGAAGUAUUCCUCGUUGUCGGAUACUUCUGGCGCGUUGUUUCAUACGCUACUGUUGAUGCUGACUGUACACCACCGACCAAUCUUUGUGAGCCAAUGCCUACUGUACUUGUACAUCUAUCGCUUAAGUAGCUCAGGCCAGAGGCGGAUUUGCCCUAAGGCCAAGUUGGCCCGGUGACCGGCAAGAUAUUAGGGGCGGCAAAUUGUGACAAAAGAUUAUCUGAUGAUAACAAGAAAUACAUAACUCAAAAUGUAGUCAAUAUGAUGGGUGCUGAGAAAGGGCAGCUACAGGGCCUUGGGCCUAGAGCGGCAAAGACUGCAAAUCCGCCACUGGCUCAGGCGGUGUCCAGUAGAAGGUAGCUGUUUUGGGACUAAAACUAAAUUAUAUACAGUAUGUGUCUGACCAUGGGGCUUUAAUUCCAGGGCUUGGUUUUACUUGCUAAACUGAGCUACUUUUACUAUGGGACCAAAUUUUUUGGCUUUUAAAACGUCGACAUCUGAUCAGCCAAAAUGUAUGAAAAAGUAAAAAAAAAUUUGGGGUUUUCGGGGUUGGUGCCAUAAUAAAAGUAGCUCAGUUUAGCGAGUAGAAUCGAGCCCUGGAUUUAAAGCCCGGUGGUCAGUAACACCCUGUAUUACAUUUUUCCUUACAUAACAUAACAUACUUAAUACAAAUCAAUUUCAUUCAGCCAAGCCUUCAACCAGUCCGUGGCUGACCAGUUCUUACCAACCGCCUCAGUUAAACGGUAGACCAAUAAUUGGAUUUCUAUUAAUAGGGUAAGGUGGGGUCAGAAGAGCUGCCGGUCAACAAUGCGUACAGAUGUAGUCCAUAAUUGUUUUCCAUCGUAUUUUCUCGGAGACGUUCGUAUUUGUCAUGUUAGUUCAGACAAUGGCAGUACUUUUUGUACCGAGACUGACUGAAACAGCAAGACACGUUCGUAAGUUAAUUUCCAUGAAAAUACAAUGGAUAAUAUUUAUGCACUACAUCUGUAGGGAUUUACGUUGUCACUUUUGUUUGCCCCUGCUACACAUAUGUUUUACCAGUCCCAUCGUAUGACUUUGAAGUCUCUAUCUAUUUCUUAUAAAUUGCAAAAUAAUAUUUAUUAUUUAUUUUUGUGUAGUUUUACUAGUAGUUAUGCCAUAGUUUCCACAAGUAUGAUUAUAACUGUAUUUCUCACUUUUUACACUGAACAUAUAAUAUAUUAUUA